GGUGGGGGACCGAAAUCACUUCCUCGCCCCAAAAUCUUGUCGCCACCACCGCCGCCGCCGGCGGCGGCACCUCCUCCCGAAGCUUGUGGCGCCUCGCCACGGCAGCACGCCCAGACCUGUCCCAGCUUGUUAGCUUCCUACGCAGGUCCUCUUAGGCGCCCUUCUUGUCCAGUCUAGCUCCGCCGGCGAUGGCAGCCGGGCAGCGAUCGGAGAAGAAGAAUCCGCCGCCGGAGAAGAAGGCCCCGCUCCCGAAGGUGGUCACGCUGAACAAGGCCCUCAAGUUGGCCCAGGCAUGGGUGGACAAAAUGAGCGCGCCGGAGCCGGAUGAGCUGAAUGAUAAGGAUUUUGAGGGUCGGCCGUCAGGGCUUGGUCUUGGUGCUAAAGUGGCACCAAAUGCGAAGCGAUCAGCUCCCACUGAUCCAGUGGAGAGGAGGUUGCUCGGAAAGGUGAAUGCGCAGAAGAGGAAGUCAGCGGAGGAGGAGAAAAUAAAUACUCAGGAGGCGAGCGAUGAUGAUAGCGGUGAGCCUCAAGGUAGAACCAGUGCUUGUAGCAAGAAGAGGGAAUUGCCUUCUGUUACUUCAAUGCCGUCAGGGAAGAAGGCCAAGUCACAGUUUGUAUGCACGAAACCAUCUGAAUGUUCAUACAUGGCUUGAUGUUCUAGUCGGAUUUUUAUAAACCCCUAGGUGAUUCUAUUAUCAUUAACUGCUUACAUCCUACAGUGGGUAUAUGCUAAAUGUGAGGGCUUAGCUGGGCUUGAUAUUUUUAAUGCUUAUUGGCAAUUCAAUUUGAGAAGUUCUAGUGUUGCCUGUCUGAAGUUGAAUAGAGCCUGAUUUUCUA